CGCCAUUUUUAAACUCAUACGCAAACAAUUACAUUCGAACUAUAUGUAUAUAUAUAUCCUCUUUUAUAUUCCUCUAUUCCUGUCCCUUUCCCUCUGCCCGGGGCAAAAGGAGACAGUUGCAUCAACGGCUAAAAAAAUUCAAGAAGUCAGUCUGUUAUGACCACGCAUUACGCAUUGUCGCGCUCCCGCCGCUUUGAAUUAAUUACCUAUUAAUUUCGCAAAAACCCAAGUGUGAAUUCGUCUCAUUCAACAAAAAUUGACUAUGGUGGAAAAGUGAAGUUAUUUGAAAACCAGUGCAGUGCAUCGAAGAAUAUCCAGGUCUAUCGAAGGAGUUAAAACCAGGUUAGUCUCGGGCAAUUCCUACCCAAAAUUUCCACCAUAUGUUUUGGUCCUUCUCCCACGGAUAUCUAUCCUAUCCCACUAUUUAAGUAUUAUUUUAUCUUAUUUUAUCCCGCUUUCACGCUAUUUUACCUAUAUUUCACGCAUUAUCACAACUACGCAGUUAGCUAAGUACAACACGCCAGCGCCACGUACGUUCAUUUACGCAGUUAAAGAUGGCCGACACAAAAGAAUUAGAAAUCGAAAUUUUAGUUUUAGAAGCCAAGCAACAAAGCUUUUAUAGGCAUAUACAAAGUUUAUACGAUUUAAGUAAGGAUCUUAGCGAUGAUUUAAAUCGUAAAAACUUCUUAAUUAAAACUAAAUUAAUAGAUACAUUGCGCAAUAAUUUUAUUACCGUAACCGAUCAGUUAAAUAUAGCGAAUUUAAAAGUUAACCCGAAGGCUCGCAUUAAUUUUGAUACAUUAACUUCAUUCGACGAGUUAUAUUGCAAUGUAAAAUCGGCGGAAUCUAACGCAUUAUCAAAAUUAGCGCAAAAUACAUCAAAUAAUUUAGAUUUACUUAAAAAAUUACCCGCUUUAGAAUUACGAAGUUUUGAUGGCACGCCAACUAAGUGGACGGCAUUUUUUGAAAACUUUAGUUCGCUUAUACAUAACAACCCUAAGUUAUCAAACGCGGAAAAAAUACAAUACCUCUUGGGAAAACUGUCAGACAGGGCGUUAGUUAGCUGCUCUGGUAUACAACCAGUAGCAGCUAACUAUGAAAUUAUUUGGAACGCUUUAGUAGAAAAAUACGAAGAUAAAAGAACUUUGGCAUCGAUGUAUUUUGAACAGAUUUUAACAUUCAAAUCCAUUCAAACUCCCUCUCAAAACUCAUUAGACUCAUUUAUAGACCAGUUCUGCUCAGCUCAGGCGGCCCUAAAACGGUUAGAUCUUAAAGAUCUAGCUGAUUUUAUUUUCACCCAUAUUGCCUUGUCUAAACUCGAUAAGGAAACGGUAACGCUAUUCGAACAAACUUAUCGUCACGAAAAGAUUCCAUCGUUCGAUUCCUUAGUACAGUUCGUCAAGGAACAAACUAAGAUAUUUACACUACGUAGUACGACCGCAUCUACUACCAAACAAAGUUCAAAGGUUAACUCGCCCCCAAUAAAACGCGCGAAUAAUAAUUUCAAAACAACCGCCACUUCGUUUCACGUAAAAAAUAAUUAUCAUUCGGAAAGGCCGCAGACGACACAAUUUCUCGCGUCAUCUAAAAUUCUCCCUAAAUGCCCAUACUGUAAAGAUAAUAGUAUACAUCCGCUUUUCAAAUGUAAUAAGUUUAUGGAACGCGAUCCUACAUUUAGGGUGCAAUUUGUCAAAGACAACAACCUAUGUCUAAACUGUAUUGGAUUUCAUAGUCUAGAAAAUUGCAAAAGUAGGAUCAGAUGCUUCUGUGGUGCGUCUCACCAUUCAAAAUUACACGCAGGUAUCGAACCCGCGACCCAAGCGCUCAUCCAAAACGACACCGUUCGCGCUUCGUCGCAGAAAUCGGUCGUGGACGCUGCGACUUAUAACAAGUCCGUCGCACCAGCGCCGCGCGCGGAGCAAGCGCAAUCUUUCAUCGUACAACCCGCAUUCAAAACUAUAAUGAAAGCAAAUGCGCUAUACUCGAACAGAAAAACUAUCUUGCUACCUACUGCAGUUGUUUACGUUUUUAAUAACAAAGGAGAACGUUUUACUAUGAGGAUAUUAUUGGAUAGUGGUUCUAUGUGUCAUAUUAUAACUAAAUCAUUCUGUGAUCGCUUAAACUUAAAAAUUAAUGCGUCUACUUCAGUUAUUCAAGGAGUUGGCCUUUCAGAACUGAAAAUUCAAGGUCAAACGCGUAUCACGCUUCACUCACGCAUAGAUAAUCGUUGUAGAUACUCGAUUCAAGCCCGCGUUGUCGAUAAUUUAUCGGACAAUAUUCCUAAUGAAUUUAUUGAUUUAGAAAAUUUACAUCAUUUAAAAAAUCUACCGCUCGCAGAUGACGAAUUUCACACACCCGCAGAAAUUGAUUGCUUGAUUGGCAAUGAAUUAUUCCCGUUCAUUUUAGGGAGUCAUAAGGUUAUGUCUUCUGACUCAUCGGUAGUCGGAAUGCAAUCUGCAUUCGGCUAUGUUUUAAUGGGAAAAGCAGACUGUCUCGCCUCCAUCACUACUACGCCUCUAAAGGAAAAUUCCUUUCACGCUUUCUCUAAAACUACUGAACCGAAUUUAGAGGAAUUAACGCAACGCUUUUGGGAACUAGACUCAGUUCCUAAUAAAAAACAUUUAAGCCCCGAUGAUACCGCUUGUGAACGCAUAUUCACAGACAGUCUCUCACGCGAUAUACAUGGUAGGUAUAUUGUCUCGCUUCCAUUCAAGGACGACCCAGCUGUACUCGGCCGUUCGUACGAAAUCGCAAAACGCCGCUUAUCUAAUUUGGAAAAAAGAUUGAAUAGUAUUCCGGAAUUACGCAAAGACUAUAACGACACCAUUUCCGAAUAUUUAAAUAAAGGUUAUUUGAAUCUAAUUAAAAAUCCUCAGCCAGGUCCGUGUUAUUACAUACCGCAUCACGCUGUAUAUCGUCCAGACAAGACCUCUUCCAGAACUAGGAUUGUCCUGGACGCGAGUUGCAAAACUGUCAGCGAUGAUAAGUCAAACCGCUCCCUAAACGACAUUUUAUACACUGGACCGAACUUACAGGCAAACAUAUUUGAUUUAUUAAUUAAUUUGAGAUUAUUUUCAAUCGCUCUUUCGGCUGACAUUGAAAAAAUGUAUUUUCAAAUUAAACUUGCACCUCAUGAUCACCGUUACCAGCGCAUCCUGUAUAGGUUCGAUACAAGCGAUCGUAUCGAAACGUAUGAAUUUAACUGUGUAUCGUUCGGAAUCUGUUGUUCGCCAUACCUUGCUAUGCGAGUAGUGAAACAGCUAGCCAAAGACGAGCGCGCACGCUUUCCCAACGCGGCCUUGGCAGCUGAACGCCACUUUUACAUGGAUGACUACGUCUCUUCUGUGCAUUCUAUAGAAGAGGCUAAAGAUCUAUACGACGAGCUCGUUCAACUGUUCAACGCUGGUGGUUUUAAACUAACAAAAUGGAUUUCAAACAGCACCCAUCUAUUAAAAGAAAUACCUACUGAUUUACACUCGCCUAGUAUUGUACAAUUUGAUGAAAAUUCGAUCACCGCGAAUACAAAAAUAGUUGGUUUACAAUGGGAACCAAAUGCUGACGUUUUUACCUUUAAAGUAAACGCACCUAACGAACCUAAGUGCACAAAACGUAUAAUACUUUCAGCUACCGCAAGGUUAUUCGAUCCGCUGUCGUUAUUAGGACCCGUAACCGCUUUAUUAAAACUACUAGUCCAGGAAUGCUGGAAACAAAAUCUGGAUUGGGAUGAGGACGCUCCCUCCAGCAUACAAGAUCAGUGGUUUCAGUUACAACGCGAACUCCAUUUGUUAGAACAGUUGCAAAUUCCGCGUCACAUAGGUAUCUUAAAAACUACGAAUAAUAUUUCACUGAUUGGAUUCGCUGACGCUAGCGAGAAGUGCUACGGCGCUGUUGUUUACCUGCGCGUCAGCUCUGAGGAUGCAGAUAAAGCUCAAGUCACAUUGCUGUGCGCUAGGUCGAGAGUUGCCUCACCGAAAUGCAAUGUAUCCUUGCCGCGGCUUGAACUUUGCGCGAACCUUCUGUUAUCAAACUUGAUCGUCGCUGUCAAGGAUUCAAUUAGUGAACGCGUUAAAAUAAAUCAAAUAUUCGCUUUUUCCGAUUCCACGAUCGCGCUUUCGUGGAUCCACGCGUCACCGCAUAGGUUUCAAACUUUUGUUGCCAACAGAAUCGCCGCUAUUAACGCUAACCUUCCAGCUGAAAACUGGUAUCACGUUUCUGGAAAGGAAAACCCCGCAGACAUAAUAUCGCGACCCAUUAUGCCUGCACAACUUUUAAACAAUACGCUUUGGUUUCACGGACCCUCGUGGGUUUCACAGCCCUUCUGCGAUUGGCCCUUAAACGCAUUUACGGAAGACGAGUUACCUGAACAAAAGAGGCCUGUCUCGCUAAUUACUAAACCAUGUAAUAUCGAAAAUGAUUAUAACUGUUUGUACAACUCAGCAGAUCGCAUGUCAAACUGGAAUAGGUUCCUACACGCAUGGGUGUACGUAUUGCGUUUUAGUAAAUUAUUAAAGUCGAACGGUGAUAUAACUGUAACAGACUUGGAAGUGACUGAGACGUACAUACUCCGCGUUAUACAAAAGAGACAUUCGUUUAACACCGGCAGCAAUGCUUUGAGAAAAUUAAACGCAUUCACUGACACAAACGAUCUUAUACGCGUCGGUGGGCGAUUGUCACAAUCUGAAUUAGGCUAUUCACAGAAACAUCCAGUCGUACUUCCCGCGAAAGAUCGUAUCGUACAUCUGAUUGUAGACCAUUUCCAUAAGCAGAACGCACACGCCGGACCCGCGUUAUUACUCGCAUUAUUACGUCAAAAAUACUGGAUUGUCGCCGCUCGCAAUAUGGUUCGCAAAAUAGUACAAAGUUGCAACCGUUGUUUUAAAUUAAAACCUAAAAACACUUUUCCUAUUAUGGGGGACCUGCCUCACUAUCGUGUUAGUGAAGUAAAGAGUUUCGUAUUCACAGGUGUGGACUAUGCAGGUCCGUUCUAUAUUACCCCAUAUCGCCGCCGCGGUGUUAAGUCGAUGAAAGCAUAUUUAUGCUUAUUCAUUUGUUUAACUACUAAGGCGCUUCAUUUAGAGCUGGUACAGUCAUACUGGCAGAGAUGGAGUCGUGAAUAUCUAUCUUCGCUCCAAAGCAGACAAAAAUGGAAUACGCCAUCUCUACCCAUACAAGUUGGUUGUAUCGUUAUAAUUCGGGACGACAACUCGCCGCCUCUCAGCUGGCCUUUAGGCAUAAUUCAAGAGGUUUACCCCGGUAAAGAUGGAGUAGUCCGUACCGCUAGGGUGAGAACUCGUACAGGUUCUUACGUUAGGCCAGUGGUUAGACUCUGCCCUUUACCACUUCAGUAAGAGCAACGUUUAGUUAAGACGAUUUAGUUUUAAGUUAGUUAAUUACGCUUACAUUAUAGUUCCUUUAAUUUUCAUUAAGCUAUUUGCCUAUAUAAGUUCUGUUGCUUUCUGAAGGCCUUCCUUCAGCCCGGGGGAUGAUGUUUACGCCAUUUUUAAACUCAUACGCAAACAAUUACAUUCGAACUAUAUGUAUAUAUAUAUCCUCUUUUAUAUUCCUCUAUUCCUGUCCCUUUCCCUCUGCCCGGGGCAAAAGGAGACAGUUGCAUCAACGGCUGAAAAAAUUCAAGAAGUCAGUCUGACAUGACCACGCAUUACGCAUUGUCGCGCUCCCGCCGCUUUGAAUUAAUUACCUAUUAAUUUCGCAAAAACCCAAGUGUGAAUUCGUCUCAUUCAACAAAAAUUGACUAUGGUGGAAAAGUGAAGUUAUUUGAAAACCAGUGCAGUGCAUCGAAGAAUAUCCAGGUCUAUCGAAGGAGUUAAAACCAGGUUAGUCUCGGGCAAUUCCUACCCAAAAUUUCCACCAC